AUGUCUUCCACCGACGCUACCGAGCCCAAGGUCGAGCAGACCAGCACUGAGGCUCCUGCCUCUGUGACUGCUUCCUCCGUCUUCUCCAUGUUUGGCGGUGGUGAAAAGAAGGAAAAGAAGGAGGAGGAGGACCGUGGCGACAACUCCGGAAGCGCAAAGGCCCAGCGCGAGGCCAAGGGCGAGGAGGACGAGGCCCCCGAGAGCGAAGACGUCCACUUCGAGCCCGUCGUCAAGCUGACCGAAAAGGUCGACGUCAAGACCAACGAGGAGUCUGAGGAGCAGCUCUUCAAGAUGCGCGCCAAGCUGUUCAAGUUCGUCAAGGCCGCCAAGAAGGACGGCGAGGAGGCCCCCGCCGCCGCUGGCGAGUGGAAGGAGCGCGGAACUGGUGAUGUCAGACUGCUCAAGCACAAGGAGAACGCCAAGGUCCGCCUGGUGAUGCGACGCGAGAAGACUCUCAAGGUCUGCGCCAACCACUACAUUGUCCCCGAGAUUACUCUGUCGCCCAACGUUGGCUCUGACCGAAGCUGGGUGUGGAACGCUGCCGCCGAUGUCAGCGAGGGAGAGCCCGAGGCCGUGACUCUUGCCAUCCGAUUCGCCAACUCCGACAACGCCAACCAGUUCCGGGAUGCUUUCCUGAAGGCGCAAAAGGACAGCGCCCACCUCUUCCAGGCCGCUGACGAGGAGGAAGAGAAGAAGGAUGAGGAGGAGAAGACUGCUUAA